UUCACAUCAUUCAUUAUUUCAUAGUUGUACUUCACUACCAUCAAACUACACUACCACUCUCCUCCUUAAUUAAUAACAGCAGCAGCAGCAGCAGAAAGAAUUUAGAUCAAGAAAAUCAAGAAUGGGUUUCACCAUGGGACUAAACCUUCUCCUCCUGAUGGCCAUGGUGGCCACCAACAUUCUCUCUCUCUACCACCUCUCCACCACCAUCCAAUCCAAACCCUCCUCCCCUCCUCCCAUCCCCGACCACCUCAUCCACCAGCUCUCCACCAUACGCGCCACCAUCACCCACCUCACCUCCCUCCAAUCAUCCACCAACACCCCACCCUCCUCCUCCUCCUCCGCCGCCGCCGCCACCACUCCCCCCUCCGAUCUCCUCAUCUACACCCACAUCUCCCCCAUAGCCUCAUCCUGCAAAGACAACCCACUCCUCCUCCACAAGUACAUGAACUACACCCCCUUCUCCCUCUGCCCCAACGACUCCCCCUUAGCUGAAGAUCUCAUCCUCAGGGGCUGCCACCCCCUCCCCCGUCGCCGCUGCUUUUCAAGAACCCCCUCCACCACCCCCACCUCACUACCCACCGACCCUUUUUCACCCCUCCCCGAAAAAACCGCUCUGCUAACCCAUUUCAGCUGCAAGACUUUCUCCUGCUUCGCCGGUUUGAAACCCGAAAUGGGAUUCGACAUGAGAAUCGAAAAGACCCGAUUUUUAACCUACAAAUCGGAUCUGGAUCUCCCGAUUUCGCAGCUUAUGCAGCUGGCUAAACAGGCCAAGAGCGUAAUCAGGCUUGCUCUCGACAUCGGAGGUGGGACCGGCACUUUCGCGGCGCAUAUGAAGCUGCACAAUGUGACCGUUGUCACCACCACGAUGAAUCUCGGUGCGCCGUAUAACGAAGCGGUGGCGAUCAGGGGAUUGGUGCCCCUCCACGCCCCGCUGCAGCAGAGGCUGCCUGUGUUCGACGGGGUGGUGGAUCUCGUGCGGUGCGGGCACGCGGUUAACAGGUGGAUACCGGUUGUUGCGAUGGAGUUCUUGCUGUUUGAUGUCGAUAGAGUGCUGAGAGGUGGCGGUUACUUGCUGUUGGACCAUUUUUUCAGUAAAAAAAUGGAUCUUGAAAAAGUGUUUACUCCCUUGAUUGGGAAGCUUGGGUACAAGAAGGUGAAAUGGGCUGUGGCGAAUAAGACUGAUUCGAGUGGGGUGAAGAAUGGCGAGGUUUAUUUGACCGCCCUUUUGCAGAAGCCGUUGACUAAAUAAGACUCUAAAUUGAGGUAUGUGCCCCCGUAAAAUGGGUGCAGGGUUGAAAACUUUCACACUGUGAUUUGCGCAAACAAAUCGAACAAACAUGUAUUUACUUUUCCUGGGCGAUUUCUACGUGGAAAAGAGGCAGCAUCAUAUAUCUUCAGGACGAGGUAAGUUGUUGGAUCGUUAUACUAAGUAGAAAAAAGCAAGUUUUCUCGUUUCGGUUUUUAGGAAAAUCUAGAAAACCUAUUUAAACGCAAGCAAAACCAAACUCUAGUAUUUUUUAAAAGUUGAUAGUGAAAGAGAGGCUCCGUGCAAGAUUCGUCGAUGUAACAAAACGUUAUAGAAGCUUGUGUUGUUGAUUCCCAGAUAUAACUUUAUUGCAAGCAAAUAUAGUAUCGUGUUUGUUUUCAA